GCGGCCCCCACCCGACACAGUCAACGAGACGCUGAUCGCACAGAACAUCAGAAAGACCAAUCUUCUGACUUACAAUAAAGCCUUACAUGCCAGAGAAAUUGGUCUGAUUUACACGUGUGCAGGAGGACGAGAAGUGGACCAUGUUUGUAUUUGUUCCAGGGAUGUGCUGACAGAUUCUGCUGAUCUCCUGGCGUCUCUGAAUUUCGGAAACAUUUAACGUGCACACAAUCCACAGCCAUGCAGACUGAUCCCGUGCUGCUUGAAUCCGCAGUUGUCUUUGCUAUAGUGCUUUCCGUUCACGGGGCCGUGUGGAAUCAGCUGUCCUGGUGUUGCAUCGCAUUGGCCGUCCAGGCUUUCUAUGUUCAGCACAAAUGGGAUCGCCUCAUCCGGGCCGGUGCCGCCGUGUUUCAGUUUCGCCCCGCAGCCAACAGCGGAGUCCUACCGGCCAGCAUGGUGCUGCCCCUCUUGGGUAUCGCUCUGAGGGGACGUUGCGUUGCAGUGGGUAACGUCUACUUUGAACGUUUUGCCUUGGUGAUAACAGUCACGGGUAUGAUGUUGGCGCUGUUCCUGUCGCUCAUAGCACUGGGUAUCACGCGCCCCGUGCCCACAAACACCUGCGUUAUAGCUGGCAUCGCGAGCAGCGCUAUCCUGUAUACAGUGAAGCAAACGCUGACUGUCUCGGAGGUGAUUGAGGUCUUGGAGGUCUUGUUGAUCUUUGUGUAUCUGAGUUUAAUCCUGUUGUACCUCCUUCCACGCUGUUUCACGCCUGGAGAGGCCCUUCUCAUCCUAGGCGGCAUUAGUUUCAUUAUUAACCAGCUCAUUAAACGCUCUCUGGUGUCUGGAGGGAACGCAAACGCAGACCCACUUCCAUUUUUCCUCCCGGUCGCUGUGUUGGGCUUCGUGCUGUUGGGAAUCUUCUUCACCGUGCUGUUCAUGUUCAUGGAAUCAGAAACGUGGGCGGCCUCUUUGUUUUUCCACAUGAUGACCGCUGUUUUGGGGUUGGGAUUGUUGGUGCCUUGGCUUUCCAUGCUUACGCAGCAUCAUCCAGUGACCUGGUUGCUAGAAUUCAUCACCCAGAGCAACACCCGACUCUGGCUUAUUGGAUUUUGGGCGGCGUUGGUGCUUUUGGCUGCUGCUGUGGUAAUGCAUCAAAACAGUCAUCGCUCGGGCAGUAGUAAGAAACACCAGGCGUCAACCACGGUACGGAAAUAUUUCCAUCUCCUCACCGUGUUGACCUUCGCCCCUGGAUUGGCACUGGAUCGCCCCCUGCUCCAUCUGGCCGCCGUCGGAUGUCUCUCCGCAUUCUUAUUCUUGGAGUUUGUCCGAUAUUUCCGUAUUCGACCGCUUGGGUCUCCGCUAAGGCGCCUGCUCACCUUGUUCUUGGAUGAAAGAGACUCUGGACCCCUCAUUCUCACCCACAUCUACCUGCUGUUGGGCGUCGCUCUACCUAUCUGGCUCUUACCUGGGCCUUGCAUCCCCAAAGGAGGAUUAGGGGGAGCCGGUGGUCUGGUACCCUAUGCAGGGGUGUUGGCCGUGGGGGUCGGGGACACCGUCGCGUCCGUCUUUGGUAGCACAGUCGGUGAGAUCCGCUGGCCUGGCACCAAGAAGACUUUUGAGGGCACCGCGAGCUCAGUGUUUGCUCAGAUCAUUGCUGUGGUCAUCUUCCUCAUUGCUGACAGUAGCAUAAACCUGAACGCCAGUUAUUCAUGGGUAGUGGGAUCCAUCACCAUGGUUGCCAUGUUGGAAGCAUACACAUCACAGAUCGACAACCUACUCCUUCCUCUGUACCUCUACAUCCUUCUGCUGUUAUGAAGUCUGAGCCACACUAAAGUAUUUAAACACUCACAUGCCAAUGCACAGAUAUUAAAAGCAUUACAUUUAAUUACACGAUAUGAUGCAGUAUAGCCCUGGUCAAAAAACCUAGUACUGUCCUAACAGGGAAUUAUUUAAGUAUUGACAGCAAAAUGCAAUAAAACAGAUGUUCAUUGAGUGUGGUUUUGACCCAAGUAAACAGAAAUGCUCUGAAAUGUAUUUGUAAACACUAUCAUUUUUGACGUAUUGAACCACUGUCCAAAUACAAAAUGGCACAACAGUUCAAAAGUUUGUACAUCCCGGUGUUUGAAAACAUGCAUCAUUUUUGACACACUGCAACUUUAAGGAUUUUUCAUUUUUAUUCUGUAUUUUGGGUUUACAUGUGAAUUGAAUUAUAUUGGUUGUCUAUUAAAAUGAACUUGUUUGUGACUGUUUGUUUGUCUAGUGAACUCUGAUAUCUUGAGACGCUGUAAAAUUGAAUUUACUUAAAUCAUCCGGCUGUCACUUAUAACCAGUGUUGGGGGUAACGCAUUACAAGUAACUUGAGUUACGUAAUAAUAUUACUUUUCUGAAGUAACGAGUAAAGUAACACAUUACUUUUUAAAUGUACACAUUAAUAUUUGAGUUACUUUUUCAAAAAAAGUAACUCAAGUUACUUUUUUAUAUUAAUUAAUUUGAUUAAAAAAUAUGUACUGAAUUAAACUGAAACUGUGAUGGCAGGCCAGAGCUAAACAUUUUUGUGAUGAAAUAUGCAAUUUCUGAAGGCAGAACUUUUCAGUCAUAAAAACACCUGCAAGGCCUGAAAGAGAUCAAGCUUUAGCCAAGAAAAAGUAACGCAAAAGUAACUAAAAGUAACGUAAGCAUUACUUUCCAUGAAAAGUAACUAAGUAAUGCAAUUAGUUACUUUUUUGGGAGUAACUUAAUAUUGUAAUGCAUUACUUUUAAAAGUAACUUUCCCCAACACUGCUUAUAACAGGGAUUGAGUUGCAUAUUAAAAAUCAAACACACCCCUUUAUAGCCCUUUAAGAAGGUUUGCAUUUGCUGAUGAACACUUAGUCAGAUUUCGUAGAUGCCAAUAAAGGCACAGUUUCGUAUUUAGACACUUUAAUCGGAUGAAUCUUACAAGGGCUCGUUCAGGUCCCAUUUCACUCCAACACCAAUAGUAAAAUUUAUAUUUGCUUUAAGAUGAAUGCUUUAAUUAUGAUAUUAUUUUUAAGACGGUUAAGACAUUUCCAACCCAAAUCACAGAUUACUGUAUUUUAUUUUUGACUGUGUAGUUUUUAUUAUUUUUUAGAAGUAAUUCAUAUGAGAUGUUUGUUAUUAUUAUGUUAUAUUACAAUCAUUUCCCUGUAUUAUUUCUGAAUAUAUAUGUUUUUAAAAUAUUACUUCAUAAAUCUGAAUCAUUAUAGCAGUUUAACCAAUGAACUACACUUUAAAAAAAAGAUUUUAAAAAUAAACAUAUUUUUUUCUUAAUUUUAGUUUGUGCAUGCAUUUUGUGUUUGCACUACAAUAUAAUGGUAAAAUAAUGUAACAAUACAAAACAUUUAAAAGGUAUAAUUUCUUAAAAAAAUAACACUUUUUUUAUUUUGAAGUGAUAUAUGACCUGAACAUGUGCUUGUCAGAUAUUUUAUACAUUUACCCGUUUUUAAUUUCUCCUUUCAGUCGAACAACAUAUGCAUCACUGAAGCCAUUGAAGAACAUAAACCCUAGAAUAAAAUAUUUUGAUGAUUUGUAUAUAGGAUAUCUGUCUUUAUAGUGCACUAUGAAGAACUGGUAGCAUAGCCUUAAAGUGUUUGUGUUUGAAUAAAAUGCUAUCAGUGGUUUGUCUGCAUGAAUGUGUAAGAGCUCCUCCUGAACACUAGGGGCAGUACACAUCAGUCCAUCCUGUAAAGCAGCAUGUAUGCUAAUCAGGUGCUGUAUUACCUCUUCAGUCUGUAUUCUGUGCAUCGGUUCAAACAUUUGUACAAAUAAAUGAUGUAUUUUUAAUUUUAUUUAUGAUAUUUGAGGCCUUGUCCGCAGGAUUAUCUUGCUAUUGAUGUUUUGGUAGACGGUUCAUAUGAAGAAUAAAUACCCUGUUCAGUUUGCAGUGCAUUGUGGGACAUCAAAACUGACACUUGACAUCUAACGACAUUUGCAUGACGCUCUUGUAAUUGUUUUAAUGUUAUGUUUUUGGAUUUAACUACCUGAUUAUGAUCGUGUGCGAUCUUUCAUAGUCCAUAUUUUGACAUUAAAUAUGAAAAAUCAUUUUAAUGGUUUGUAACAUUUCCAAUGUUUUGUGUUUGUAUACAUGGUGUUGGAAUUUUAUCAGUUUAAAUCAUCUGCUGGAAGGAAAAGGUAUUUAAAAAUGACUGUAAAUAUGAUAUUUCUGUAUUUUCUGACAGUAAUUGUUUGAGAUGAACCACAGUUUGAUUGACAGUGUCUGUUUUGGAAAUUCAGAUCAUGAUUCUUUUUAUCAAACAUACAUGAUUUUCUAUAUUGUAUUGAUUAUGUCGGGUACACCGUGAAUGCUGCAGUUAAUAAUAAAAUAAACUGAAUUUCUA